AUGUCAAGACUCGGCGCCACCUUUGUGCCCGGCAGCGACGAUGAUUACUUCAUGCCCGAGGUCGUUGCGCCGUCGCCUCAACGGGUGACCCCUCAGGUGCCGCAGAACAUGCAGGAGGACCUGCAGCGCAUGGAGCUGGAGGCCCGCGAAAUCGAGCCCCGGAGCCACGACUACAAUAAUAGGAGCCGCGAGCCCUCGCUGUCGCCGUACUACAACAACAGCACCAACAACAACAGCACCUCCACCACCACCAGCAGCACCACCACAGGCUACUACCCGCAGCAGCCCGACGCCAGAGCCUACGGUCAGGGCCACGCCACACGGCCGCCGCACCAGCUGCCCGACAUGGACGACGACGCCCCGUCCUUCUCGCCCUUCCCCAAGGUCGUGGGCGACAACAUCCCGCCGGCCGACGACGAGAAGGAGAAGAUCCUCUGGAAGGCCCGCAACCAUGUGCUGCACUCGCAGAACGUCAACAUGCAGAUCACCUGGGCCCGCGACGUCCUCAACUGGGCCGAGAUCUCCAUGGACGCCGCCGCCAGGGAGGCGGGCGACUCGGGCAACCGGCCCCCGACCCCGCGCAAGGAGCACGAGCUGCGCAACGACGCCGUCAACAUCAUCCGCUACCUGGCCGAGCAGGAACACCCCGACGCCCUCUACAUCCGCGCCAAAUGGCUCGAGUUUGGCAAGUUCGGCGAGCGCGUCGACAAGCGCGAGGCCUACACCGGCUACAAGAAGGCCGCCGACCUGGGCAGCACCCGCUCCGUCUACCGCAUGGGCAUGCUCUUUGAGCAGUCCAACGACAUGUCCAAGGCCAAGGAGUACUACUACAAGGGCCUCAGCCUCAAGGACUCGGCCGCCCUCUACCGCAUGGGCAUGAUGAGCCUCCUGGGCCAGCACGGCGAGACCAAGGACUACCAGGGCGGCCUGGAGCGGAUCCGCGCCGCUGCCGACAGCGCAGACGAGGACGCCCCUCAGGGUGCCUACGUCUACGGCAUGCUCAUCGGCCGAGACCUGCCCGACAUUUCCAUUCCCGAAGGCCUGCUGCCGUAUGCCAUUGAGACGGCAAAGAUCUACGUCGAAAAGGCGGCAUAUCUCGGCUUCGCCAAGGCCCAGCUCAAAAUGGGCCAGGCGUACGAGCUGUGCCAGCUGGGGUGCGACUUCAACCCGUCCUACUCCCUGCACUACUACGGACUGGCCGCCAAGCAGGGCGUUCCGGAGGCUGCCCUGGGCGUCAGCCGAUGGUUCCUCUUUGGCUACGAGGGCGUCUUCAAGAAGAACGAGGAGCUUGCCUACAAGUAUGCUCACGAGGCGGCCACGGCAAAGCUGCCCACGGGCGAGUUUGCCAUGGGCUACUACCACGAAAUCGGCAUCCACGUGAACAAGGACGUGGUCGAGGCCCAACGGUGGUACCAACUCGCCGCCGACCACGGCAACAAGGACGCCGUCGGUCGAUUGGAGUCGCUGAGCCAAGGCGGCGGCCUUUCGAAGCACGAUCACGAGACAACGACGAUGACGCGCAUCAAGUCCCAGCACGGCUCCCAAAGGGGCAAACGCCCCGAUCGAUUCAACAAGCAGGCGAACCCCAUGCCCACCCUCAGCGAGGGUGGCGAGACUGGCCCGGCACCGCUGCCCAAGCUGGUCACCUCGGUCGGCAAUUCCCGAGUCUCCCCAUCGCCCUCGCCGGGCAUGCGUCCCACGAUCGUGACAGACAACAACAGCUUCGCCGAGCCCUCGAGGGCGUCCUUUGUCGAUACCGCCGACCGGCCGCCGGCCUUUAACGUCCGCGUCGAUCCCAACGCGCCGCCCAUGCGUUCCCAAUCUGCCGCCCCCUACCCCGUGGAUGAUCGAAUGCAGCCGCCGCCACGGAACGCGCCGUAUCCAGAUGACGACGGCCGGCCUCGCCUCAACAACAACUACCCCCCAUCCCAGGGCCCUCCAGCAGACCGGCCUAGCAGCGCCUUCGGCAUCAGGCCACAGGGACCCGGCGAUGGUCCACGGCCGCUGCCGGGCUCCCAGUCAGCCGGCAAUCUGUACGGGUCUGGACCACCACCGGGCGCCGGCCGUGGCAGAGGCGGACCGCCUGGUCCUCACGGUCCCGGAGGCUACGGAUCGCCAAACAUGGGGCCAGGAGGCGGACCGCCGCAGGGACGCCCGUAUCCGGGGGACAGUUAUGGUGGCGGGCCUGGAGGACCGAUGGGCGGCCCUCAUGGGGGGCCGGAGCCUGGUCAAUUUGCUCCUCGGACAUCCUCGCGACCUGAAGGCCCCGGUAGCCCCGGACGUCCUGGAGGUCCAGGCGGUCCCGGAGGCCCUGGCGGUGGCCAUUAUCCGGACAGGAUGGGCUCUCUCGGCCAGCAAGGCGGACCGCCCCCAGGAAGAGUCAACACUGGGGGACCUCCUCCGGGACAUGGAUCACCCGGACCCCAAGGCCCCGGCAACGGCCCUCGACCCGGACCCAACAGAGUUGGCACUGCUCCUCCGGGGCCUGCGCCUCAGGGUCCUGGUGUGCAAAGCGCCAGCCCAGCACCGAGCGCCCCAGCGGCUGCACCCAAGCCCAACAAAGGGGGCAAGUCGGGACCUGCCACGUUUGAAGACAUGGGCAUUCCUCAGGGCAAGCAGGAUGGUGAUUGUGUGAGUAGAAUCUGGCUUCAAAUGAUGUCUCCUUGUCUCAACUGCGCGGAAGAACUGACAACUAGAAUUCCAGGUUAUUAUGUAAUUGGUUGUUCCGUCUACAUAUUGUAG